UUCGAGUCCAGCUGGACCCCAACAAUGAGUGCCGCUCUCCUGUCUGCCAUUACGGACGACACAAAUAUCAAGCAAGGGCUAUUUCCUUCUCCUGGAGCAAAUCCACGGACUGGUGGCAAGACAAAGGCUGCGUACCACUGGGCCAUAUGUGUCACACUGUUCGAGAACCAUCCAGACUAUCAUACACCAUUCUCACAUGCCAUCACUCCCAAACAGAAAGACACUUGGGCUAAUAAGAUUAAAAAUCAAAUCAAGAGAAUGUCCGAGAUCACGUGCAAGUACAUGGACGAAAUGGGCGAGACAGGUGCGGGAAUA